GCCCCGGGCUCGCCCAUGAGGCCUCUGCCGAGCGGGAGGAGGAAGACCCGAGGCAUCUCCCUAGGACUCUUCGCCCUCUGCCUGGCCGCAGCCCGCUGUCUGCAGAGUCAGGGCGUGUCCCUGUACAUUCCUCAGGCCACCAUCAAUGCCACCGUCAAAGAAGACAUCCUGCUCUCAGUUGAGUACUCCUGUCACGGAGUGCCCACCAUUGAAUGGACGUAUUCGUCCAACUGGGGAACGCAGAAGAUCGUGGAGUGGAAACCAGGGACUCAGGCCAACAUCUCCCAAAGCCACAAGGACAGAGUCUGCACCUUCGACAACGGCUCCAUCCAGCUCUUCAGUGUGGGAGUGAGGGAUUCCGGCUACUAUGUCAUCACCGUGACGGAACGCCUGGGGAGCAGCCAGUUUGGCACCAUCGUGCUGCACGUCUCUGAGAUCCUCUAUGAAGAUCUGCACUUUGUCGCUGUCAUCCUUGCUUUUCUCGCUGCUGUGGCCGCAGUGUUAAUCAGCCUCAUGUGGGUUUGUAAUAAGUGUGCAUAUAAAUUUCAGAGGAAGAGAAGACACAAACUCAAAGAAAGCACAACUGAGGAGAUUGAGCUGGAAGAUGUUGAGUGUUAGCCAAGGCUGGGCCGAACUGCAUUCCUACCUCAAGAGGAAACCAUUCUCCAACAAAAAGAGCAAGCACAGCUAUUAUACCCAUUGUGUGUGGUCCUGUUGCAGCCCGCUCCUGACAGGACAGCAGGAGAUUAACAACAUUGACUGCAUGGAGUUGAGGACUGUGGAUGGACAAAGCUAGUUUUAGGACUCACGCCAAGUUCAAGGAGAAGAGCGAUUGAGGCCUUGAACCAGGAGCUUUGCUUGGCUGCAGCGUCACAGCUGUGCUGACCCAUAACCAAUGGGCGAGUGCACGCGUUGGCUGCUUGCUCACGACACUCACUCUGGCGUGCAGGAUGGCCUGUUGUCAGAGUCCCUGUAUCAGAGGCCAGAGGAUUCCCAGAUGGGUGUGCAGCCAGCAUUAGAACAUGCUUUCUGU